AUGGGUUUCGAGAAACAGAAAUGGAAUCGCAACUCCUUCCUGAUUGAGAGAGAGGACAUCGUCGAGUCGAGGCGGCGGUAUUUGAGGGAAAUCAGAAAGCACAGAGUCCAGAACCGCAAGAUCUACUUCCAGGAAGGGGGUGAAAGAGUGAUUGUCACCCACGCAGGUAGUGACACUGGCUUCGUGUCCGGCUGCCUGGACGUGUUCCGUGGGAAGAAGAAGGGGGACUACCACGAUGAAAUGGACUCGAACAGGUUUGAAGCAUGGUUUCUUCAUCUGCUGGACCACAUCAAGCCUAACAGCGUACUUGUUAUAGACAACGCGUUAUACCACAGCAGAAAGGCUGAAGCUGUUCCCACAACUGCAACAAAGAAGGGCGAGAUGCAGCAGUGGCUCUCUUCCAGGAACCUAGACUGGACUGCCACAAUGAAGAAAGAAGACCUUCUGAGCAUCGUGGCAACGGUUAAGGAUCGCUACACAAAGUACAAAGUUGACGUCAUGGCUACGGACGCCGGACACGGUGUUGAGGUUCCCACCGUACCAUUGCGAACUAAAUCCCAUAGAGUUGAUAUGGGCACGAGUCAAGCGGGAGGUCGCCUCCAAGAACAUCACAUUCAAGCACAAUGA